CGGCCAACACUGCUAAUCAGAAUCUGCAGGCGCUCCGCUACAAGUUCCACCGCACACUGCUUCUCUCUCUCUCUGUCUUUUCAUCUUCCAAACCCUCUUUCUCAUCGACAGUGCCCACCCCAAAGCCAAGUCUCCUGAUUUCUGUGUGGCCCAUGAUUCUUCGAAUCUUCUCUUCUCUCUAGCCAUCUCCAAGCACUCUAGUCACAUCAAAGCAGGUGCCCCCGGCUGGCGGGGCAUGGACAGCCCCAGCAAUGCCACCUCCCCGUGCGGCUUUCUCCUCCAGGGCUUCUCGGAGUUCCCGCACCUGCGGCCGGCGCUGUUCCUGCUGCUGCUGGGCGUGCACCUGGCCACGCUGGGCGGGAACCUGCUCAUCCUGGUGGCCGUGACCUCGGCGCCCAACCCGCCGCCCAUGCUGCUCUUCCUGUGCCAGCUGGCGGCCAUCGAGUUCUGCUACUCGCUGGUGGUGGUGCCCCGCUCGCUGGCCGACCUGGCGGCGCCCCUGCGGGGCCCGGGCAGCCCCAUCUCCUAUCUGGGCUGCGCCGUGCAGAUGCAGAUGUUCGUGGCGCUGGGCGGCACCGAGUGCUUCCUGCUGGCCGCGAUGGCCUACGACCGCUACGUGGCCAUCUGCCACCCGCUGCGCUACCCGGCGCUGGUGACGCCGGGGCUGUGCGGGCGCAUGGCGCUGGCCUGCUGCCUGGGGGGGCUGGCCGUGUCGGUGGGGCUCACGGUGGCCGUCUUCCACCUGCCCUUCUGCGGCUCGUGCCUGCUGGUGCACUUCUUCUGCGACAUCACGGCGCUGCUGCACCUGGCGUGCACGCGCAGCUACGCGGACGAGCUGCCGCUGCUGGGCGCCUGCCUGGUGCUGCUGCUGCUGCCCUCGGCGCUCAUCCUCACGUCGUACGGGGCCAUCGCGGGCGCGCUGCGCCGCCUGCACUCGCCCGAGGGCCGCAGCAAGGCCGCCUCCACCUGCGCCUCGCACCUGGCCGUCACCUUCCUGCACUACGGCUGCGCCACCUACAUGUACGUGCGCCCCAAGGCGGCCUACACCCCGCAGCGGGACCGCGUCCUGGCGCUCGUCUACACCAACGUCACGCCGCUGCUCUACCCGCUCAUCUACAGCCUGCGCAACCGCGAGAUCACCUCGGCCAUCGGCAGGGUGCUGGGGCGCCGCCGGGCCUAGGGUGACCCCCGAGUGGACGCCCCGGGGUGGGGGGGGACAGCGGGCCCGAGGCUGCGGCCCUGUGGCCAACGGGGGUGGGGGGGUCCCCGCACCCGGGACGCCACCAGGGGGAGCGCGAGGAACACGGGUUCUGGAAACGUCCGUGCACAAGCCAGGCUCCCGCGGGCGCCCCUUCUUUGCACCCUCCCCGAAAGGGUGGUCCUGGAGGAUGCGGGUCCAGGCAUUCCCUGGAGGGACCGCUCUCCCCGAGCUGGGGUCUGCGGCGAGGGUGGGCUUGCAAUCGGAAGGACGCCCCCACCCCCAGCCCCCGCCCCCGGGAAAGGAAGGCCGGGUCUGAGUAAACAAACGGCUGGAUGGACUCACUCCCAAGUGCUGCUUUUUGAAGGGAGAGGGGGAUGCCCGGGGCCAGGCGGAGCUGGCAGGAGAGAGGGGUCAGCAGGAUGAAGAGGGCAAAGAACGCCGGAAGCGGAAGUGAAUAAAAGAGCUGGGGGAAGGGGGGUCCGAUAUUGGGAAGGUCCCUGUAAACAUCACCCAAGGUUUCUCCAUCCCCCAAAUGAUUUACUGGGGAUCAGGAUUAAAAGAACAUUUUGUUUAUUUUGUUUGGAGCCACACCCAGCAGUCCUGGGGGCUGCUCCUGACUCUGCACUCAGGCAUCACUGCUGGCGGGCUUGGGCGGGGUGGGGGCCCAUCGGGGGUGCUGGGGGUCAGAUCCAGGCCGGCCACAUGCCAGGCAAAUGCCCUGCCUGCUACACGAUCACUCCAGCCCCCAAGAAGGAAAAGAACAUUUGGCGAGAUGAGCUUGCUCUGAUCAGUAUUAUCGGGAGAAGUCAGCUAGUAUGAACUGCCCAGGGGUUGGCAUGGUUUUCUCAGGACUUGGCUUAAUCAAGGACUGUGAACUUGGGUUCUUCCUAUGUGAACGCAGAGAGCGGCGCUCAGGUCCGCUUCGCAAGAGCUGUGAAAGCGUCCUGUCCCGCUGGUGUCCUGGGCCCACCCGCUGCAGCAAGGGCCCCCAGACACGCACCGCUUAGUUUCAUGCUCUCUAAUCUUGUCCCAAAGAUGUUCGGUACUGAGUGAAGUUCCGCAAUAAACGCCACUGCCGGAAGGAACACCAGUGUGCCGUGCCUCAUCCCGGGAACUGGGCCAGAUGUUGAGGGAGAGAACAGCAGGGCUCCGUGGUGGCAUGUGGGUCUGAGCUCGGCUCGCUGGUCUC